ACAUAAUUGAAAUUUUCUCAUAAUAUUUUCUCACCAAUUUCAACUCAUCUAAACCAUGAAGUUACUCUCAGAGACCUUUCUGAUAUUAACUCUCACUUUCUUCUUCUUUGGCUUUGCACUAGCGAAACAGAGCUUUGAACCAGAGAUUGAAGCUUUAAGAUCCUUCAAGAGUGGCAUUUCCAGCGACCCUUUAGGAGUAUUGUCGGAUUGGACCAUCACCGGUUCGGUACGACACUGCAAUUGGACCGGAAUCACCUGCGAUAGUACCGGCCACGUUGUCUCUGUUUCCUUGCUGGAGAAGCAACUUGAAGGUGUUCUGUCCCCAGCCAUAGCAAAUCUCACCUAUCUCCAGGUUCUUGAUCUCACUUCAAAUAAUUUUACCGGAGAAAUACCGGCUGAAAUCGGAAAGUUAACCGAGCUUAACGAGCUUAGUCUUUACUUAAACUAUUUCUCUGGUUCGAUUCCUUCUGAAAUUUGGGAACUUAAGAAUCUUAUGUCUCUUGAUCUGAGAAAUAAUUUGCUAACCGGUGAUGUUCCUAAAGCAAUUUGCAAAACCAGAACUUUGGUAGUAGUAGGAGUUGGAAACAACAACUUAACCGGUAAUAUACCAGAUUGCUUAGGAGAUUUGGUUCAUCUAGAGGUGUUUGUAGCAGAUAUUAACCGGCUUAGUGGUUCGAUUCCGGUAACAGUUGGUACUUUGGUUAAUCUGACGAAUUUAGACCUGAGUGGUAACCAGUUAACCGGUAGAAUACCAAGAGAGAUAGGAAAUCUCUUGAACAUACAGGCUCUCGUUCUAUUUGAUAACUUGUUGGAAGGAGAAAUACCGGCCGAGAUCGGAAACUGCACGACCUUGAUAGACCUUGAGCUGUACGGUAACCAGUUAACCGGGCGAAUACCAGCUGAACUAGGGAAUUUGGUUCAGCUGGAAGCCCUCCGGUUAUACGGGAACAACCUCAAUUCCUCACUUCCAUCCUCAUUGUUUCGGUUAACGCGUUUAAGAUAUCUGGGAUUAUCAGAAAACCAGUUGGUUGGACCAAUUCCCGAAGAAAUCGGUUCUCUCAAGUCACUUCAAGUCCUAACGCUCCAUUCCAACAACUUAACUGGAGAGUUUCCACAGUCCAUCACAAACUUGAGGAACUUGACAGUGAUGACGAUGGGGUUCAAUUAUAUUUCCGGUGAGCUCCCAGCGGAUCUAGGGCUUCUUACAAACCUUAGAAACCUUUCAGCGCACGACAAUCAUCUUACCGGACCAAUACCUUCUAGCAUAAGUAACUGCACCGGUCUUAAACUCCUGGACCUGUCUUUUAACAAGAUGACUGGCAAGAUUCCGUGGGGUUUAGGAAGCCUGAAUCUUACGGCUCUUUCUCUUGGGCCGAAUCGGUUUACCGGCGAAAUUCCAGAUGAUAUCUUCAACUGUUCAAACAUGGAAACCCUUAAUCUGGCCGGGAACAACUUAACAGGAACGCUCAAGCCAUUAAUUGGAAAGCUUAAGAAACUCAGGAUUUUUCAAGUGUCGUCUAACUCUCUCACAGGAAAGAUUCCGGGAGAGAUCGGGAAUCUGAGAGAGUUGAUACUCUUGUAUCUUCAUUCUAAUCGUUUCACAGGGAUAAUCCCGAGGGAGAUAUCAAAUCUCACUCUCCUCCAGGGGCUUGGGCUGCAUAGAAAUGAUCUUGAAGGUCCAAUUCCUGAAGAAAUGUUUGACAUGAUGCAACUUUCAGAGCUUGAGCUAUCCAGCAACAAAUUCUCAGGUCCAAUACCUGCCUUGUUCUCGAAGCUACAAUCGCUUACCUACUUAGGUCUACACGGAAACAAGUUCAACGGGUCUAUCCCUGCAAGCCUUAAGUCACUUUCGCUUCUCAACACGUUCGAUAUCUCCGGCAAUCUUCUCACCGGAACCAUCCCUGAGGAGCUGUUAUCUUCGAUGAAAAACAUGCAGCUUUACCUCAACUUCUCAAACAACUUUUUGACUGGAACCAUCUCCAACGAGCUUGGCAAACUUGAAAUGGUUCAAGAAAUCGACUUUUCGAACAAUCUCUUUUCCGGGUCUAUUCCAAUAUCGUUAAAGGCCUGCAAAAAUGUGUUCACACUGGAUUUUUCGCGGAACAAUCUCUCGGGUCAGAUCCCAGAUGAUGUUUUCCACCAAGGAGGCAUGGAUAUGAUCAUAAGCUUGAACCUUUCAAGAAACAGUCUCUCUGGUGGAAUCCCUGAGGGCUUCGGGAACUUGACGCAUUUGGUCUACUUGGAUCUUUCUAGUAACAAUCUCACAGGUGAAAUUCCAGAGAGUCUCGCCAAUCUUUCCACUCUGAAACAUCUCAGACUAGCUUCAAACCACCUCAAAGGCCAUGUUCCUGAAUCCGGUGUGUUCAAAAACAUCAACGCGUCUGAUCUGGUGGGAAACACAGAUCUCUGUGGUAGCAAGAAGCCUCUCAAGCCAUGUAUGAUCAAGAAGAAGUCGAGCCACUUCUCGAAGAGAACCAGAAUCAUCGUGAUUGUUCUUGGAUCAGCCGCGGCUCUUCUUCUUGUCCUGCUUCUUGUUCUGUUUCUCACCUGUUACAAGAAAAAGGAAAAAAAGAUAGAAAACUCAUCAGAGUCUUCAUUACCAAAUUUGGAUUCAGCCCUGAAGCUGAAAAGAUUCGAUCCAAAAGAGUUGGAACAAGCAACAGAUUCUUUCAACAGUGCUAACAUCAUUGGUUCAAGCAGCUUAAGCACAGUGUACAAAGGUCAGCUAGAAGAUGGGACAGUGAUCGCAGUAAAAGUAUUGAAUCUGAAGCAAUUCUCUGCAGAAUCAGAUAAAUGGUUCUACACAGAAGCCAAAACAUUGAGCCAACUAAAACAUCGAAACCUGGUGAAGAUCUUAGGGUUUGCUUGGGAAAGCGGCAAAAUGAAAGCUUUAGUGCUUCCAUUUAUGGAAAACGGAAGCUUGGAGGACACGAUUCACGGCUCUGCUACACCGAUCGGGUCGUUAUCAGAGAGAAUAGAUCUUUGUGUUCAAAUCGCAUGCGGAAUCGAUUAUCUUCAUUCUGGAUUUGGUUUCCCAAUUGUUCAUUGUGAUCUGAAGCCAGCAAAUAUACUCCUCGACAGUGAUCGUGUUGCUCACGUAAGCGAUUUCGGAACUGCUCGAAUUCUAGGUUUCCGUGAAGAUGGAAGCACCACAGCUUCUACUGCAGCUUUCGAGGGCACAAUUGGAUACUUAGCUCCAGAGUUUGCUUAUAUGAGCAAAGUGACAACAAAAGCCGAUGUAUUCAGCUUCGGGAUCAUAAUGAUGGAGCUAAUGACGAGACAGAGACCAACUUCGUUGAAUGAUGAAAAGUCACAAGGCAUGACUUUGCGUCAAUUGGUGGAGAAAUCAAUUGGAGAUGGAACAGAAGGGAUGAUUAGGGUUCUUGAUUCGGAACUCGGGGACGCUAUUGUUACUCGCAAACAGGAAGAGGCCAUUGAAGAUUUGUUGAAGCUUUGUUUGUUCUGUACAAGCUCUAGACCUGAAGAUCGACCUGAUAUGAACGAGAUUCUUACACAUCUGAUGAAACUUAGAGGCAAAGUGAAUUCAUUUCAAGAAGAUCGUAACGAGGAUCGAGAAGUUUAGCAGCAAAGCUUUCUUCUUUGAAGACAAUUUUUCGAAUUUGCCAGACUCUGUUACGAUGGUUGAAUACUUUGGACGUAAAACGUUUUGAUUUUGCUUUUUUUGGUGAUUGUUUUCAUAUAUAUAUGCAUUUUGCUUUGGACGUAAUCUGGAUGGUAGAUUAGGUAUUCCAAUAAGUAAUGCUGAUAAGUAAAUGAAAUGAGUACCAAGUACA